AUGUUGAAAGGUCUGUCUCAGAAGGACCGUGCUGCCUCAUCAAGGGGUUGGAUGAAUGUAGAUGAAGAUGCCAUAUUGCAGGCACUGGAUUCAAAAGCACCCAGAAAAGAGAACCUGAUCAAAGCAUGCAAUGCUCUUGGGGUGUCUGAUAUUGGUAGUCGGACAGACUUAAUCAGUCGGUUGGAAGAGCUACUACUGUACAAGGACCUCUAUCCUAAAAUGUUUGUAAAGCUCCAGAAAACUGGUGGUGGAGUGCUACACAUGACCUGUAUACACUCUGUAGUGUAUUACCAGUCAGCAUUGUGGUGGCAGGAGUCAGCCCGCGAUCAUGGAGAUGCUCUUUUGAGUUUUAAACAUCCCCCCACAGUGUACGUGUCAGACAUCGCUGGACGAGUUGCUAGGCAUGUCAACAACCGGACAAACCAGCAGUUUUUCCAGCCACAUGAUGGUCGUCUGUGUGCAAACACAGAAGAGAACAUUCAGGCUGCACUGGAAAAAAGUCUCCAUGUCCAGUUUCUGUGGGUGACCAGUGUUGGCUUGUCCUCAAGAUCAGCCUCCCACGAUCAGAUCCCAAGAUCUGUUAACAGGUUUUCCUCUAUGCACCCCGUGACAGGAACCAGUGCAAGGUUUUCUUUGUACGACAGGUUCCACCAGAAAAAUCAAAGAAGACCAGAGGAAUUACUGAGGAGUCUAAAACUGGUGCCAGAUUUGGCUGCUCUGGUUAAGUCAUCUGCAGCAGAGCAGAUAAACAGAGAACUAUCAUCAAGCAGGUACUCUUUGUGCCAGAUGAAUGAUCAGCAUGACAUGUUUACUCUGCGAUUAUAUUUUCAUCUUCACAACAACAACAUCAACGAAAAAUACACCAACAAAUUGAAGCAACUAGCCAAGCAAGCCUUGCAUGUUGACAUCUCUGGAAAGCUGAGAUUCGGCUCUCAAGUUACAAUCAGAGACCUCAAGAGUAUCUGUCCACAGCAUCUUCUUGAUGCAGAAAUUGCACCAAAGCCAAGACUGCCUUGGCUUACUGAUGAUGUUGUCAACAGUCGAGUGGUUCAGAUUGCCUCACAGGGGCCAAAUACUGUUGCUCUGUCAACAAACACGUUCAUGAUAUGGCACAGGGAAUGGCAAGCCAACCGAAACAUUCCGGAUGAAGAAAUUGCACCUCUAGAAAACACUGAGAAAGUGCUGUGGCCACGAAUUGUUGGGGGCACUGUUGGUCCAGAAUGGGGAAAUCACUAUAUCCUUUGGGUUUUUGAUAUCCCUGGAAAAGAGCUUCGGGUUUAUGACUCCACAAGCUCUAAUUUCACAAUUGAAAGUGAUGACAUGGACAUGCUAAGAAACAUAUUUCGACACCAUGAUUCACUGAAUGGGUGGAAAGUGUCAUCUGCACAGACAUGGAAACAAAAUGACAGCGUCAAUUGCGGUGUGUUCGUUUGCACAAUGGCUGAGUUGGACAUGAGGGCUGCCAAAAUUGGAGAAGAAACUCUCCAUUAUGGACAGCUUUGCCAUUUACUUCUGUACCAUGCCUCAUGCCUGGUUAGGAAUCUGGCUUCUGAGGACUUCCCAUCAUGUGUAGAGACAAAAGAUGACCAAGGUCCUACAGCACAUUGCAUUGCUCGAGACAUCUGUGCUUGCAUUUUUCAGAAGUCAGGGAAAAGAGCCAUGCAUUCCCACAUUAAAAGAGUGGAGUGGAUCCAGUGUGAUUACUGUGAUGGUUGGUUACACAGUGACUGUGCAGGUGUUGAUGUAUCUGCACUGGACAAGGAUGCUCCAUUUAGCUGUGGAUGCCAUCUCCCUGUGCCUUACCCAUAUGAAAGUACACAUGAAGCAUUGCGGACGGGCCUGGUUGCAGACUUGAUUGAAGACCGGGAGAUUCUGAAACUGCAAGAUGACCUUUUAGCUGGUACUGUGAGGUCACAUCGACUGUUCCUUUACAACAACCCUACUUUCAGUCUCAAAAUGAAAGCUAUGAAUGAACGACGGUUCUGCGUUUUCGGCGAAAAACAGGUCACAAUUCUAAUCUUAAAGAAGCUAGAGGGGUUCAGUCGAUACCAGGCGGAAAUGACCUUUGCCCGUGAUUGGGGUCUCUGCAAGGUCGUGGAUGACAAAGAUGACAAAGUUUCAUUAUACUGAAAUGACCAAUGUCGAUUUGAAUGAAUCACAUUUGUAAAUAUGUAAAUAUGUAAAUUUGUUAAUAAAUUUAUUGAAGUACAA